AUGCCCACCAUUUCGGUCGACAAGGCCGCUCUUUUCAAGGAGCUGGGCCGCGAUUACACUACUGAGGAGUUUGAUGAGUUGUGUUUCGAGUUCGGAAUUGAACUUGAUGAGGAUGACCGUCCUAUCGUCGACGGAGUCCAAGAGCCGCCUCAACUCAAGAUCGAGAUCCCCGCCAACCGAUAUGACUUAUUGUGCUUCGAAGGCAUUGCGCUCAUGCUCAACAUCUUCUUGGGCCGAGUCUCCCUUCCCGAAUACAAGUUGACCAAGCCCGCAAAGAUGGAGCAGAUCAUUGUCAAGGAGGAUACCACCAAAAUCCGCCCCUACGUUUCAGGUGCUAUUCUUCGAGGUGUCAAAUUCGACCAGGCUCGUUAUGAGUCCUUCAUCGCCCUGCAGGACAAGCUUCACCAGAACUUGGCCCGCGCCCGAACCUUAGUCUCUAUUGGUACCCAUGACUAUGAUACUGUCCAAGGGCCCUUCACCUACGAUGCACAGGCACCCAAGGACAUCAAGUUCACUCCGUUGAACCAGACCCAGGAAAUGAACGGCGAGGAGUUGAUGAACUUCUACGAAAAGCACCAGCAGCUGGGCAAGUACCUGCACAUCAUUCGCGACUCCCCGGUCUACCCAGUCAUCUAUGACUCCAAAAAGACCGUUUGCUCCCUGCCUCCCAUCAUCAACAGCGACCACUCUAAGAUCAGUCUGAACACCACGAAUAUCUUCAUCGAAAUUACAGCCCUCGACCGUACGAAGCUCGAGAUUGUCAACAGAAUGAUGGUCACUAUGUUCUCUCAAUACACCUCGGAGCCUUUCACCAUCGAGCCCGUUCAGAUCGUGUCUGAGCACAACAACGAGACUCGUGUCACCCCCGAUAUCGCUCCCCGCAUUGCCCAGGCGGAGGUUUCUUACAUCAACCAGUGCUGUGGCCUGGAACUCAGCCCCGCGGAGAUUUGCACCAAGCUCACAAAGAUGUCUUACCGCGCCAAGCCCUCCUCUACUUCCGCCGACAUCAUUGACGUGGAAAUCCCCCCAACCCGUGCCGAUGUGCUUCACCAGUGUGAUAUCAUGGAAGAUGUGGCUAUUGCCUAUGGUUUCAACUCGCUUCCCCGUGAUUUCCCUCAAAUCUCCGGCACCAUCGCCCAGCCCCUUCCCAUCAACAAGCUCACCGAUAUCGUUCGCGUGGAAACUGCCAUGGCUGGCUGGUCUGAGGUUAUGCCCCUUAUCCUGUGCUCGCACGACGAGAACUUCGGCUGGUUGAACCGCAAGGACGACGGAAACACCGCCGUCAAGCUGGCCAACCCCAAGACCACUGAGUUCCAGGUUGUUCGCACAAGCUUGCUUCCGGGUCUCCUGAAGACCAUCCGAGAGAACAAGCACCAUUCCGUUCCCAUGAAGAUCUUCGAGGUCAGCGAUGUCGCCUUCAAGGAUAUGUCCAUGGAGCGCAAGAGCCGUAACGAACGCCAUUUCGCUGCUGCGUUCUACGGAAAGAGCGGUGGUUUCGAGAUUGUCCACGGUCUUCUUGACCGUAUCAUGGCCAUGCUCAAGACUGCCUUCAUCACCGGCGAGGAGGGCCUUGAAAACCCCGCCGUCACCGACUCCCAGUAUUAUAUCAAAGAGACUGAUGACUCUACCUACUUCCCCGGUCAUGCUGGUACCAUCCACGUUCGCAUCGGUGGCAAGGACCAGGUCAUUGGUUCUUUCGGUGUUCUCCACCCAACGGUGCUGGAGAACUACGAGCUCAAGUACCCCGUCAGUGCUCUGGAGCUCAAUGUUGAGGCUUUCCUGUAG